UCCUCUCGUAUUAUUGCAAACCCCGAAGCCUACGUCUUCUGAGGAAACUUUCCGCAUAGCUGAUUCAUCGAAGGACUUUCUCACUCGCGGCGGCCAUCGAGAGCUAUUCGCCUUCAACGAAAUUUUAUAUAAUGGCAGCUUUCUCCGAUCACAGGGGACAAACAAAUCAUCGAAGACUAUCUGGUGCACUCGAAAUUCUACUUGCAGUCCCACACCGUUGAACAUCACAGAAUGUCUAUCGUACCAGAACCAAUAGCGGCUUGCCUCACAGCUAUCAACCAAAAGUCCAGCAGCGCUUUCAUCACCCCAUUCACCCAAGACGCCAUCCUCAUCGACGAAGGACGAACAGACAAAGGUCGAGACGCAAUCCAAGCAUGGUGCGAAAAGGCUCUCCUCUCCCACAAUGCCACGAUCAAAAUCCAACAAACGAUCACGCAGCAAGAUCGGACCAUCGUAAAAGUAAUCAUGGACGGUGAUUUCGUCGAAGAUUAUGGAAUCACUGAGCCCUUCACGCUAUACUUCUCCUUCCAGAUAAAAGACAACAAGAUCCAUCACCUCUUAAUCACACCCUGGGAUUCUUCCAGACCGAGCAUGAAAGCCGUUUAUCUCGAUAGAGCAAAUGCAAAUGAUCCCAUCUCAACCGUCAAGAUUGCUCCUCGACCGCAGCAAGAUCCUCCAGAAGGUUGGGUCCGAGUCAAAAUACAAGCCGUAGGCCUCAAUUACCACGACAUCUUCACCAUGAAAGGCCACGGCAUGCACCCCUUAACCUUUCCCCUCAUUCUUGGCUGCGAAGGUACCGGGACCCUUGCAGAAGGAACUCCAGUCCUUCUGUACCCUUGCAUGGGCUCGCCAGACUUCAAAGGCGACGAAACGCUUGACCGGACUCGAAACGUCUUCAGUGAACUUACGAAUGGCACGCUGGCCGAGUACGUGAAUGUCCCUGAGAGGAACAUUGUGGUUCGACCCAAGGAGUUGGAGGUCGAAAGUGCUGCUGUCUUGGGAAUUGCGUGGUUGGCGGCUUAUCGAAUGCUAGUCACGAAGUCGGGAUUGAGGGCUGGACAAACGAUGUUGGUUCAGGGAUCUUCUGGGGGCGUGUCGAGUGCGUUGAUUCAGCUCGGUGCUGCGGCUGGGAUGAGGGUUUUGUGUACUGGUCGUACAGCGGCGAAGAGAGAGUUGGGGCUGAAGCUCGGUGCUGAAAAAGCGUUUGAGGCCGGACAAGAGUUGCCGGAAAAGGUGGAUGCUGCGUUUGAUACCAGCGGUGAAGUGACUUGGGAGCACUCGAUGAAUUCCGUCAAGACUGGAGGCACGAUUGUAACUUGUGGUGGGCAUGGUGGAAGGACGAUCCCGGUUGAUGUUUCGAGGGUAUUUGUUGAGCAGAUCAAUAUUCGAGGAUCGUAUCUUGGGACGCUUCAAGAGUUUCGAUAUCUCAUAGAUUUUGUUGUUGCCAAGUCUAUCAAGCCGCACAUUGGACUUGUGGUGUCGAUGGACGAAGCAGAAGUUGGAUUUCGAAAGAUGUUGAAUGGAGAGACCGCAGGCAAGAUCGUCGUCAGGAUGUGAUUUAGGGGCGGCGAGAAUCUCUAUUGUGUCGUCGGCGGAAGUAGCUUCAUCAUCUCAGCUAUGCUGAGAUCAUCGACAUAUUCGAUCGCUGUGAAAGAUUCCAACGAAUCCACUUCUGCUAAUUGGUGAAUGUCCAGCUCUUUAG